ACUAGCGAGGGGAAGAUGGCGGCCGCGGCUGUGGUGGUUCCCGCAGAGUGGAUAAAGAACUGGGAGAAAUCAGGGAGAGGCGAAUUUUUGCAUUUAUGCCGGAUUCUCAGUGAAAAUAAAAGCCAUGACAGUUCGACCUACAGAGAUUUUCAACAAGCUCUCUAUGAGUUGUCAUACCAUGUCAUUAAAGGAAAUUUAAAGCACGAACAGGCAUCUAGUGUUCUUAAUGACAUUAGCGAAUUCCGUGAGGAUAUGCCUUCUAUUCUUGCUGACGUGUUUUGCAUAUUAGAUAUUGAGACAAAUUGUUUAGAAGAAAAAAGCAAGAGAGACUAUUUUACACAAUUGGUAUUAGCAUGUUUGUAUUUAGUUUCAGACACAGUUCUGAAGGAACGAUUGGAUCCAGAAACAUUGGAAUCAUUAGGGCUUAUCAAACAGUCACAGCAGUUCAACCAAAAGUCAGUUAAAAUCAAGACAAAACUCUUUUAUAAGCAGCAAAAAUUCAAUUUAUUAAGAGAAGAAAAUGAAGGUUAUGCCAAGCUGAUUGCUGAACUGGGGCAAGAUUUAUCUGGAAAUAUUACCAGUGAUUUAAUAUUAGAAAACAUCAAAUCUUUAAUAGGAUGCUUUAAUCUGGAUCCCAAUAGAGUUUUGGAUGUCAUUUUAGAAGUGUUUGAAUGCAGGCCAGAACAUGAUGACUUCUUUAUAUCUUUAUUAGAAUCUUAUAUGAGUAUGUGUGAACCACAAACACUGUGUCAUAUUCUUGGAUUCAAAUUCAAGUUUUACCAGGAACCAAGUGGUGAGACACCCUCGUCUUUGUACAGAGUUGCUGCAGUCCUUCUGCAAUUUAAUCUUAUUGAUCUAGAUGAUCUUUAUGUGCAUCUCCUUCCAGCUGAUAAUUGUAUUAUGGAUGAAUACAAACGGGAAAUUGUGGAAGCUAAGCAAAUUGUAAGAAAACUCACAAUGGUGGUUCUAUCUUCUGAAAAACUUGAUGAACGAGACAAAGAAAAGGACAAAGAUGAUGAGAAAGUAGAGAAGCCACCUGACAACCAAAAACUUGGUUUGUUGGAAGCUUUGUUAAAGAUUGGUGAUUGGCAGCAUGCACAGAACAUCAUGGAUCAGAUGCCUCCAUACUAUGCAGCUUCACACAAACUAAUAGCUCUUGCUAUUUGCAAGCUCAUUCACAUAACUGUUGAGCCUCUAUACCGAAGAGUUGGUGUUCCUAAAGGUGCUAAAGGCUCUCCCGUUAGUGCUUUGCAAAACAAGAGAGCACCGAAGCAAGUAGAGAGCUUUGAAGAUUUGAGGAGGGAUGUAUUCAAUAUGUUCUGUUACCUUGGUCCUCACCUCUCACAUGAUCCCAUUUUAUUUGCAAAAGUCGUGCGCAUAGGCAAGUCAUUUAUGAAGGAGUUUCAGUCUGAUGGAAGCAAACAAGAAGAUAAAGAGAAAACGGAAGUUAUCCUUAGUUGUUUACUUAGCAUUACUGACCAGGUAUUACUUCCAUCUCUUUCUUUGAUGGACUGCAAUGCUUGCAUGUCUGAGGAGCUCUGGGGAAUGUUUAAGACAUUUCCCUAUCAGCAUAGAUAUCGUCUAUAUGGCCAGUGGAAGAAUGAAACUUAUAAUGGUCACCCACUUUUAGUAAAAGUUAAAGCUCAAACAAUAGACAGAGCCAAGUAUAUCAUGAAGCGUCUAACCAAGGAAAAUGUGAAGCCUUCAGGAAGACAAAUUGGCAAGCUGAGCCACAGCAAUCCAACAAUUUUGUUUGAUUAUAUCUUGUCACAAAUCCAGAAAUAUGAUAACUUAAUAACACCUGUAGUAGAUUCACUGAAAUACCUCACUUCAUUGAAUUACGAUGUCUUGGCUUAUUGUAUCAUUGAAGCUUUAGCUAAUCCAGAAAAGGAGAGAAUGAAACAUGAUGACACAACCAUCUCAAGUUGGCUGCAGAGUUUGGCUAGUUUCUGUGGUGCAGUAUUCCGUAAAUACCCAAUUGAUCUUGCUGGUCUUCUUCAGUAUGUAGCCAAUCAAUUAAAGGCGGGCAAAAGUUUUGACCUGCUAAUAUUGAAAGAAGUGGUACAAAAAAUGGCAGGCAUCGAAAUUACAGAGGAAAUGACAAUGGAGCAGUUAGAGGCCAUGACUGGUGGGGAACAGCUAAAGGCUGAGGGUGGUUAUUUCGGCCAGAUCAGAAACACUAAAAAAUCUUCUCAGAGAUUAAAGGAUGCACUACUGGACCAUGAUCUUGCUCUUCCUCUCUGUUUGCUUAUGGCACAACAGAGGAAUGGGGUAAUUUUUCAGGAGGGUGGAGAGAAACACUUGAAACUUGUGGGGAAGCUCUAUGACCAGUGUCAUGAUACCCUAGUACAGUUUGGUGGGUUUUUAGCAUCCAAUCUAAGUACAGAAGAUUAUAUAAAACGAGUGCCUUCAAUUGAUGUGCUCUGUAAUGAGUUUCAUACACCACAUGAUGCAGCAUUUUUUCUGUCUAGGCCAAUGUAUGCACACCAUAUUUCGUCAAAAUAUGAUGAACUUAAAAAAUCAGAAAAGGGAAGUAAACAGCAACAUAAAGUCCAUAAAUACAUUACAUCAUGUGAGCUGGUGAUGGCGCCUGUCCAUGAAGCAGUGGUCUCCUUACAUGUUUCCAAAGUCUGGGAUGAUAUCAGCCCUCAGUUCUAUGCUACAUUUUGGUCAUUGACAAUGUAUGACCUUGCAGUUCCUCAUACCAGCUAUGAAAGAGAAGUCAAUAAACUUAAAGUCCAGAUGAAAGCGAUUGAUGACAAUCAGGAAAUGCCUCCAAAUAAAAAGAAAAAAGAAAAGGAGCGUUGCACGGCCCUUCAGGACAAGCUCCUUGAAGAAGAAAAGAAACAGAUGGAACAUGUUCAAAGAGUACUUCAGAGACUGAAACUAGAAAAAGACAACUGGCUUUUAGCAAAGUCUACCAAAAAUGAGACUAUCACAAAAUUUUUACAGCUGUGUAUAUUUCCUCGAUGCAUUUUUUCAGCAAUUGAUGCUGUUUAUUGUGCUCGUUUUGUUGAAUUGGUACAUCAACAGAAAACUCCAAAUUUUUCCACACUUCUCUGCUAUGAUCGAGUUUUUUCUGACAUAAUUUAUACAGUUGCAAGCUGCACUGAAAAUGAAGCUAGUCGAUAUGGGAGAUUUCUUUGCUGUAUGUUAGAAACGGUGACCAGGUGGCAUAGUGAUAGAGCCACAUAUGAAAAGGAAUGUGGAAACUAUCCAGGAUUCCUUACCAUAUUACGGGCAACUGGAUUUGAUGGUGGAAAUAAAGCUGAUCAGUUAGAUUAUGAAAAUUUUCGACACGUUGUUCACAAAUGGCAUUACAAACUAACCAAGGCAUCAGUACAUUGCCUUGAGACGGGUGAAUAUACUCACAUCAGGAAUAUAUUGAUUGUGCUAACAAAAAUACUUCCUUGGUACCCAAAAGUUUUGAAUCUGGGACAGGCUUUGGAAAGAAGAGUGAAUAAAAUAUGCCAAGAAGAAAAAGAGAAGAGGCCAGAUCUUUAUGCAUUGGCUAUGGGCUACUCGGGGCAAUUGAAAAGUAGAAAGUCACACAUGAUACCUGAAAAUGAAUUUCAUCACAAGGAUCCUCCUCCAAGGAAUGCUGUUGCCAGUGUACAAAAUGGGCCUGGUGGUGGGACUUCAUCAUCAUCUGUAGGAAGUGCAUCUAAAUCAGAUGAAAGCGGUGCUGAGGAGACUGAUAAAUCAAGGGAGAGAUCUCAGUGUGGUACAAAAGCUGUUAAUAAGGCUUCUAGUACCACACCAAAAGGGAAUUCAAGUAAUGGAAAUAGUGGCUCUAACAGCAAUAAAGCUGUUAAGGAAAAUGACAAAGAAAAAGUAAAAGAGAAAGAAAAAGAGAAAAAAGAGAAGACUCCAGCUACAACUCCAGAGGCCAGGGUACUUGGUAAAGAUAGUAAAGAAAAACCGAAGGAAGAGCGGCCAAAUAAAGAUGACAAAGCAAGAGAGACAAAGGAAAGAACACCUAAAUCUGACAAAGAGAAAGAGAAGUUCAAGAAGGAAGAAAAAGCUAAAGAUGAGAAAUUCAAGACCACCGUCCCCAGCGUAGAAUCAAAAUCGACUCAAGAAAGGGAAAGAGAAAAGGAGCCAUCCAGAGAAAGAGAUGUAGCAAAGGAAAUGAAGUCAAAGGAAAAUGUUAAAGGAGGAGACAAAACACCAGUUUCAGGGUCCUUGAAGUCACCUGUUCCCCGAUCAGAUAUCUCGGAGCCUGACAGGGAACAAAAACGCCGCAAAAUUGAUACUCAUCCUUCUCCAUCACAUUCCUCCACAGUAAAGGUUACAGACAUACUUCCCAAAGUUCCUCUGGGUUCUGAGAACUAUGCCAGCUCACCUGUCAUCUCCAUUCAUUUUCUACAGGACAGUCUCAUCGAUCUCAAGGACUCUUCAGCAAAGCUCUACAUUAACCAUAAUCCUCCACCACUGUCCAAGAGUAAGGAGAGAGAAAUGGACAAGAAAGAUUUGGACAAGUCAAGGGAAAGAUCCAGAGAAAGAGAGAAAAAAGAUGAAAAGGACAGGAAAGAGCGGAAAAGGGAUCAUUCAAACAAUGACCGUGAAGUGCCACCGGACAUAACAAAGAGGCGGAAAGAGGAGAAUGGAACAAUGGGGGUUUCAAAACACAAAAGUGAGAGUCCAUGUGAGUCUCAAUAUCCAAAUGAGAAAGACAAAGAGAAAAAUAAGUCAAAAUCUUCAGGCAAAGAAAAAAGCAGUAGUGAUUCGUUUAAAUCUGAGAAGAUGGAUAAAAUCUCCUCUGGUGGCAAAAAGGGUGUGGACAGACCCCUAAGCUGAACGUCUCCCCAAGGAGGAUGCCAAAGCUCCAUGAGUCACUCUCAGAAUGACAUCUCCCAUAAUUAAGAGCUUCUGGUGCUGUCCAUUUUAUG